UCGUGAGCAUGUCUUACACGCUCAUAACUUUUGAAUAAAAUGUAACGCCAUAGAAAACGGUUAAACUGCUUACUUGCACGCGCCUUGGAGCGUUGUUAAACUCACCUUUUUAUGUCGUUUUCCCUGCAGUUGAGCGUUGCUUUGGUCAAACUCACCGCUGAGUGCUGUUUUACCUGCAGUUGAGUGUUGUUAAACUCACCACUGAUGAACGCGCUAAGCUUUGGCACAGAGAUCACUUUGAUAUCAGAUUGCGAGAAUAUUUAAACCCUUAAAAACAAGUUGGAGGGCCAGAUAAAAACGAUCUCUGUCAUAUAUAAUUUUUUUUGUAGCCUAUUAUUUAUUUUUAUUUAUUCAGUGUAGUUGCGGUGUGCUGAACCAAGACGUCAAAUUUAAACGCUGCUGAGUUCUAUAGAAGUCUAUCGGACUAACCUGCACGUUGAAAAAUAACGCCAAAGGUAUACCCAGUGCGUCAAAAAAGUGACGCCAGAUCACUUGACCAUGCGUCAGACAUUUGACGAGUAGAGAGUGAGACUGUGUUGCAUGAAACUGUGAACUUGCACAAGUCAGAACUUCUGUUAUUGAGGUCAGUAAAUGUGUGUCUAAACUGUGAGAAUGUGGUUUAAAGUGCUGCAAUGAUCUUCAGCUGAAGCACACAGUGUUAGAUGAUGUUUCUGUGUGUUCAUGUUCAUGAAAGUGUGAGAUCUUCUGCAGUUUUUUCUUACAACCACAAAGUAACUUUCUGAAAACCUGUUUGACUGAAAAAUACCUUUGAUAAAUAUCAGAAAUGAGAGUUUUCAGAUCCAGAAUGAUGUUUUCUUUCCUCCGAACUCUAAUCCUGAUUCUCCUGUGUGAUGUGUUUGGUUCAGAUGAUGUGAAGUCAGUGUCAGUGUUGGAGGGAGAUUCUGUCUCUCUGAACACUGAUGUUACUGAAGUACAGAGUGAGCAGAAAAUUAUGUGGACGUUUGGACCUCAAAGGACUCAAAUAGCUAGAAUAUAUAAGCAGAACAUUGAUACAGAUGCCACUAAUACAAUAUUAGAAAACAGACUCCAGAUGGACAAUCAAACUGGAUCUCUGACCGUCAGAAACAUCAGAUCUGAACACUCUGGACUUUAUGAACUACAGAUCUAUAUCUACAGAGGAAUCUCAGUAAAGAGAUUCAGUGUUUCUGUCUAUGCUCUUCUUCCUGUUCCUGUCAUCACCAGUAACUCCUCAAACUGUUCUUCAUCAUCACCAUCAUCAUCAUCAGUGUCCAGAUGCUCACUGCUGUGUUCAGUUGUGAAUGUGAGUGCUGUGACUCUCUCCUGGUACAAAGGAAACAGUUUAUUGUCCAGCAUCAGUGUGUCUGAUCUCAGCAUCAGUCUCUCUCUACCUCUGGAGAUUGAGUGUCUGGAUGAUUCAUACAGAUGUGUUGUUGCUUAUUCAUUCACUAACAGGACUAAACAUCUCAACAACACUGAUCUCUGUCAGCCAUGUUCAGACUCUGUUCAUUGUUGUGGUUCUACUGAAGCUGUGAUCCGAUUGGUCGUCUCUGCUCUGGUGGGCGUGGCUACUGUUGCAGUAGUCGUUUAUGACAUCACAUCUAGAAGAGCUCAGUAAGACAAGACACCAGGGGGCGAUAUUUUCUAAUCGAACCCCAUGUGCAUUACAUCUGACAAUCUGAAUUCAAGAGUAAGAUAAAAGUUUAGAAAACUAUGAUCAAAUUAAACUUAUGUUCUCUAAUAAAUAAAACUCCUAUUUGAAUACAAAGAACAUUAAAAAGAAAAGUAAGUAGUAAACCUUUUUUUCCCCUUUGAGAGCUGUAUCAUGAAAUGUGUUUUUAUUGGUCACUUCCUAUUGCAUGUGCCUCAAGGAAUAGUUAUUUUACUUGUUUGUAUAGAGUGCUGUAGUGAUGGUGUUUUGACCAAUUAACCCAGAAGUAAGCAUCACACUGGUUCCCCUGAGUAAAUAAUGGUUUAACCAAAAACCCAUUAAAACACACAGACACACACACACACACACACACUCACACACGCACACACACACAUACACACACACACACACACACACACACACACACACACACACACACACACACAAAAUAAUAACGUACAAAGUUAAUUUCAGUUGAAGCGGAUUCAACUGGUUCAAGUUUCACAUAAUGACAGUUUUGUUAUCAGCCUGAAAAUGUGAAUUCCAAUUCAUAAUAGUCUGAUUUGCAUAACUGAUUUCAUGUUCUGUUGACUUUGUGUAAAUAUCAAACCACAGUCCAAGACACAGAAAGGUUUUUUUAUUUUAUUUUUGAGCUGAGGCUUACUUGUUUAGUAUGAAUGUAAUUUGGACGUACUACAUUCGUGACCUACCUUUAACCAAAACCUUGAACUUGAUGCUCAUUUUUGGGGGAGGGGCAGGGGUCAUUUUGUAUACAGCAGAUGUUCUGCACUCUCAGGAAAAAAAAAAAAACUAGGUCAAAAUAAUAAUAUGUUCCAGUUAGGUACUAUUAUGUUCACUUUAGUAAAUACCUGUAAGGUAAAAAAAAAAAAGGAGAAAAAAAAAAAGAUGGUGUAUCUUUUGAAAGGGUACUGCCUCAAUGACAGCUUUUGAACCUUUAUUUUUCUGAGAGUGUGGGAAACACACACACACACACCUCCUGUGUAGCAGGUGGAUGCUUUAUCUUAAUCACUUUGAAAACUGCAGCUGCCAAAAUCUUUGUUUAUUUGACAUCAAAGUGAGUUUUAUUUUAUAACAAAGAAAGUGAAAGUGCUGUGCAAUUACUGAACGUCAAACACCUGCAAACACAGAUGCCCUUCUUCACCUUUUA